GCACAACAACCGAACGAACCACACACAGAGCGGAAGAAGAAGAUGAUGCCCAGAUGCUCUGUUCAAUCGACCGACGCUCAGCUUUUCCAGAGCUUAAAUGGCCUCCAACAGCUUGCCGAAACGCACCGUUUCAAGAGAUUGAUCUUUAGACGACGAUGAGGGGAAUGAACAGUUUGUAUGAUAAAACUAUGCCGUGUCACCAUUGGAGGAGGAGUGUUUUCUUACAUGCCUGGUUCUUGGAUCAGUUUGGAGUUCUCCAUGAUGGGAAGCAACCUUACCCUGGUGCAAUUUCAACAUUGAAGAAGCUAGCAAGCAGUGGUGCAAAGAUGGUUAUUAUAAGUAAUUCAUCAAGACGCUCGUCUACAACCAUGGAUAAAUUGAAAAGCCUCGGGUUCGAUCCUUCUCUUUUUGUAGGAGCCAUCACUAGCGGAGAACUGACACAUCAAAGCUUACAAAGGAGAGAUGAUGCUUGGUUCGCUGCACUGGGAAAAUCUUGUAUUCAUAUGACUUGGAGUGCUCGUGGUACCAUAUCUCUUGAGGGCCUGGGACUACAAGUUGUGGAGAAAGUUCAAGACGCCGAAUUUAUUUUGGCCCAUGGCUCUGAAGCCUUGGGGAGUCCUUCUGGUGAUGCGAUUCCAAUGAAACUUGAGGAACUUGAAAGUAUAUUGGAACAAUGUGCUGCUAAACACAUCCCUAUGGUGGUAGCAAAUCCAGAUUUUGUGACUGUUGAGGCUAGAGCUUUGCGUGUAAUGCCUGGGACUUUGGCUUCCAAGUAUGAAAAGCUUGGGGGUGAAGUGAAAUGUAUGGGCAAGCCUGAUAAGAUCAUCUACAAAUCAGCUAUGGACUUAGCUGGUGUAGAUCCUGCUGAAUCUAUCGCAGUUGGCGAUUCUCUUCACCACGACAUCAAGGGUGCAAAUGCAGCUGCAAUCCAAUCAGUUUUUGUCACCUGUGGGAUCCAUGGAAAUGAACUUGGACUCAAUAGCUUCGCGGACGUUGCAGAUUUAUCUUCUGUGCAAGCUCUUGCUUCCAAAUACGAUGCGUACCCGUCAUACGUGUUACCUUCAUUCACAUGGUAGAACUAGAAUCCCAUUGUAAACAUUGAUUAAUACUAGUUUCCUAUCACAUUUACAAAUUUUUUACAGAUGGAUCAUCUGUACUUGCGUUUAUCGAUGUUUGAGACCUUGAACCAUUUGAGUUUUUGACCUGUUUUGGAUGAGUGAAGAUCAAGGAUUUAGUUCAUGAACUGAUUUUUACAAGAAAGUAGCUAGUUAUUUGA